AUUUUACCUCGACUCUUUAAUUAAAGCAAGACAACGAUCGCCGCCCAUGGACCGGGACUUGAUUAGUGGCAGCCUCGUUAAGGAGACACAACACUCGCUACCUGAAACCAGUUGUCUUGACAGCCUCUCUGACGAAGCAGAGAAGAUACUGCAAAAUAGGAAGUACGGUCUUCAAUUUCAACAACCAGAUAAUAACUACAAUUGGGAAGAUUUGCGGGGGCCAUUCAAGAAUGUUGAUCUUUUUGAUGCAGUUUCUGUCGAAGCCAAUUUUGGCAGACAAGAAAUUCAAGUGGCUUAUGGUCAUGCUAGCUACCUUCGUCCAAGAAAAAGGAAGAGGCUAAGAAUUGGUGAUGACGUUGUAUUUGAGCAAGACCAACUUCAUUUUGAAGCAAACAAAGGCAGUAAUGGCUCGAAUUUAAAGGAUGCUUUAGCAUGGGUUUUCCUCAUCAACAACUUUACCCUGGAACUCCCCUCAGUGGUUUUCGAUCAGCUUUCCUCCAAACAUCACCCUGUGUACGCGCUCAUUUUGAUGUUGAUAUCGUCCAUAACAUUAAUGGCUUGCAUUGGUGAGCUCAUUUACAAAGGUAAAAAGGAAAGAGUUAUUUGGCAGUGGAGAGACAGAGUACCUUGGUUUUAUUGUCCAAGAACUGGCAAGCCUUUUGGUACCCUCUGGGAGAUGAUCGGAUUGGCUUGUGCUGUCCUUCAGUGUAUUCCUACAAUCAUCAAUUAUUCUUAUAUUCACCGACAUGGUGACGGCCCUAUCAAAACAUGUGCUUUGCCAAUCCUGUUUGCAUUCGGUUUGUUGUGCUCUAAAUAUUUGGAGAAGCCACACAGGAACAGUGGAGGAAACCCUACUGGUCAAUAUGGGGGCAGCACCGGUGGCCUUAAUCAAGUUCGUGUGGUACCGUAGCUUUCCACAAUCACAACCAAGGCUUUUGGCCCCUAAAUUUUGUUCUAUCGUCUUGUAAAUUGUUCUCACAUGCUUUCAGCAUAAACCAAUUGUGUUUUCUUUAUGCUUCUACCAUUAGUAAUGAAUCCAUGGCAGUGAGUUUAAGAGGAAGAGGAGGUGACUGUAAAGAUGGUUGAGACAAGGCUCCAUCGAUUGAUUUACCUCAUUUGAUGAUUAUACCGAAAGUUCGACUGUCAUUCCAUCCUCAUUAGAGAGAAUGCAAGAUUGAACUCUAUUUGAAGAAUAAGAUAGAAUAGA